CGCGCCAAGGGGCCGCGGCUCGGAGCUGGGGGACCCCGGGCCGCCCUCCCCAUACGAGUGCGAGCGUGGAGAGCGCGGGCGGGGGCGCGGUCCCGGGGGCCGGGCAGCUGGAGGGGGCGGGAGCGCUGGGCGGGGCCUGCGCUGACCCCGGCGCUGAGUCCCUGGGGCCGCCGGGCGGAUGGCGUGGCCGGACGCGGGGGCCCCGGGCCUUCCGGGCGUGACCCAGGGCUCGGGGGCGGGGAGGCCCCUCCGGCGGGGCGGCCCUGGGUGGUCCGGCGGAGGCGGAGGCCGCUCCGAGCCUGUGAGCCCUGGGCGCCUGCGGAGGCGGGGAGAGGGCGGGGUGUGCCGCCCUGGUGGGGACCGCGGGGUCGGAGAGGGGACAUUGCCCCCCCGAGGCGAACGUCCAACCGCGGGUCCGGGUCCCCGCCCAAGGCCGCCCCCGCGAGGUGGCCUCGGCCCGGCCGUCCCCGAGGGUGGCUCGGAUCCUUUCAACCAGCGCGCUGGAGGCGAAGGGGCUGCGCCAUUCCGGGUCAGGCAGCCAACGCGGGACACGCGCGUCUCCGAGCUUGCGGCCCGCGAAACCCGGGUGACCUACCGCGCCGGUGCCCUCAAAGCCCCCACGCCCGGGCCGGUGGCCGCUGCAGCCACUGAGCCACGCCGUCUCCCCGGCCCGAUCGGCAGAAGGAGCUGGUCCGUUACUAGAAAAGUCCAGAUGCAAAGUCGGGGGUCGUGCUGCCGCUUCCUGCCAGCGCACCGCACCCACCUGGGGCCGCCACCGACCGCACAGGACGCGCCUCCUACCCCCUGUUCUGGCCCGGCCGAGAGCUGGUGCCCCCAGCGGCCGCCCGCCCCCGUCCGCAGACCCCGGGGCCCUUGCUGCUUUGCAUUGGGAACAACCGGAGCCAGGCCCGGAGCUGAGGGGGCCAGGGCCCUUGGAGGAAGCAUUGGUCUCCAGGCUGAAGAGCAAGGGCCGUGUCACCUGCCGGGAGGGCGGUCUCAUCUCUGCAGCCAGGUCAGAGGAAGCAGCGGUGGGGAGACGGAGUGCGCGUUGGGAGGCUCCACGCAUCGUAGGUGGAGAGCUGGCUGCCGGCCUGGCCUGCCCUCUCUUCCCCGUCCCACCGUCUCGCUUGGCUCUGGCACCUGCCUGGGAAGACCCAGACCUCCGUCUGCAGUGCCCCUUCCCCCUGGAGGCCCUGCCCUCCGCUCGGGGUCCCCGCAUCCUUCCGUGGCCCUCAGAGCAUCGCCUGGGGCGCCCGCGGAACUCAUCUGUUAGGCCUGGGAUGCAGGCAGGCAGAAGUGGGGGUUUAAGUGGAAGCAGUGAGGGUGGGGGCCCGGCCCAAACUGUGCCACCUUCCACCCCCUGCCCCUGGGAGAAUAGACAUCGCCCACUCGGGCUCACAGUGCCAUCCGGGUGAGGACCUCCAUGGAGAGCUUCUCUUUGCCAAAGAAAAGGAGUUGCAUUAGGUCUGCGAGCAGGCAGGGUGGCCUCUUCCUGGCUCCCCAUCCACCAAGGAAGCUUCAAGUUCCUGGGACACAGGUGGGGAACUCCAGCACCCCUGGAGGAAGGAAGACUGAGGUUGGGGGGUGGCAUCCAGGCCCUGACUCUGGGGCACGGUGGUCUGUGCAACCGAGACCCUGCCUCAGGCUCCAACAGCGCCUGCUCCUUUCCUCAGGUUGCAGUGACCACCAGGGGAGGUGCCGGGCGUGCAGGCUGCCACAGGAGGGGUGGGGAGGUGGGGAGUCUCUGCGGCAGGGUGGUGGGGGCCUAGGCCAGUCAGCUGAGGACGUGUCGGUGCACUCCCGGGAGGGCGGUAUGUGGGUGAGGAUCCCCAUGCAGAGUGGUGCCCACAAACCCCCCUUCCAGAGUCAUCUCUGGUCCACCUUGAAGUCCCCAGGAAAAUGACCUCGUCCUCCGCGGGUGUGAGCCACUAGGCCUGAGAGGAUGCUGGGACGGAGCUUUCAGAGAGGGAGGUGUCAGGAUGGUUUGAGUGUCACCAGGUAUUAAUUAAGCACUUGCUGUGUGCCAGGCACUUUCCCACACAGGAUGGAGCUGGGCCAUCCUCACAGCUCCUGCCCUGGAGACGCUGGCCUUGUGGAGGGAGGCGGGCAGCAGGGAGAGGCCAGCGUGUUCCCUGGGGAAGCUAGAGCAGAGUGUCUGAUGACAAGAGAUGGACCCGGGGGUGGAGAGUGGAGGGGCAGCCAUCAGAGCCACCUCUGAGUCCACCAGAUGGGCCCAUGUCCUCAUCCAGGGGGGACCUGCACACACACCCUCCUCCACUGUCUCCCAUCCCUAGCCCUUCACCUGGGGCCGGCUCCGCCGUGUCUGCAUGGCCCCACCCACCCUGACCUCACCACCUGCUAGUGGGCCUUGCAGUUUCAGGGGGAGUGUACAUUUCAAGUAUACCCUGAUGGGGGAAUCUGGACCAGGGCUGUCCCCUGGGCGGUGAGUGCCAGGCGUGGAGAGCUGGUGUAGAUGACAUUUGUGGCUCCACAUGCCCUGGCCUGGGCGCCAAGGACAGCCGCAGAGAAGAAUGUGGGUGGACAGGCUCUGCUGCCCAUGAGAUGGUGCAGGGAUGGCCUGGGGGAUGCUUCCAGAUGAGAGACCACCCCACCCUACCCGUGGCUCCUAGGGAUGGCAACCCGGGAGGCGCGUGUGUUCGUGUGUGUGUGUGUGGUGUAUGUGUGAAGAUAUAGGUGUGUGGUAUGUGUUUGUAUGGCAUGUAAUGUGUGGUAUGUGUAUGGGAUGUAUGUGUGGGGUGUGUUUAUGUUGUGUGUGGUGCAUGUAUAGUGUGUAUGGUGCAUGUAUAGUGUGUAUGGUGUGUGUAUGGUGUGUGGUGUGUAUGUGUAUGAUGUGUGUGAUGUAUGUGUGUGGGGUGUGUGUAUGGUGUGUGGUGUGUGUGUGCGUGUGUAUGUAUGUGUGUGGUGUGUGUGUAUGGUGUGUGGUGUGUGUGUGGUGUGUGGUGUGUAUGCGUACGAUGUGUGUGAUGUAUGUGUGUGGGGUGUGUGUAUGGUGUGUGGUGUGUGUGCGCGUGUGUAUGAUGUAUGUGUGUGGUGUGUGUGUAUGGUGUGUGGUGUGUGUGCGUGUGUGUUUGGUGUGUGGUGUAUGUGUGCAGGGUGUGGGUGUGUUUGUGUGUGAUGUGUGGUGUGCAUGUGUAUGAUGUGUGUGCGUGGGGGGUGUGUGUUGGGCCCAGGGCACGAGGAGGAAGCAGGGCUGCCCAGGGAAAUGCCACCCUGGAGAGGCCCCUGUCCCUCCCUGUCCGUCCUUCCCUGUGCCCCUCCGUCCCUCCCUGCCCGUCCUCCCCGUCCCCCUCCAUCCACCCCCAACCCGGCCCUCCUCCUGCGGCAGGCAGCCCAUCUUUUGUGCGGCCUCUGAGAAGCACAGGGAGGGCCCGGCGGGCGUGAACCCGCUGGCAGCCGGUGUGUGCACAGCCUUGGCCCGGGCCUCCCAGCCCCUGCAUCCCGAGCACCCGUGGGGCAGUUGGCAGUGUCCUGGCACGGCCUGGGAGAUUAAUUGGUGCUUUUAAUGACGGCUGGUCUGGCAGAGACAGAGUGACUGCAGGCUGGGCCGGCGCAGGCUGUGAGCAGAGGCUGGGAAAGGCCCCGCCCCCGGACGGGUCUCCAGGGGAGAGGAGGGGUUCGCAGGACCCCUCUCAAGACCCCCUUCGGGAGUCAGCUUCUUGGCCACGCACACUUGGAGCUCUGGGCUGGGUUGCAGCUCCCUGUACUUCACUGUCUCGGGUGCUGACAGUGCCAGCUGGGGCACGAGUUCCGGUUUGGGUCAAGGCUGGCCUGUUGGCUGGGGUGGCGUCUGCCUGAGAACUGGCCUUGUCUGUGCCUUAAGCUUCCUGGCGCUCACAGGGCAGUGGAAAACCACUCAGUGAGUCUUUCUUGGCACCCUGCAGGAGCAGUGCUUUCUGGGCCUCUGUGGCCAGAGCUGGCCCUGCUGCAGCUCACUUCUGCCUGCAGCCCAGACGUCCUCCUGGUCCUCCUGAUGCCCCCGACCUCCAUGGAGGACGAGCAUUUCCAGCCCAGCCCUCCCCGUCUUCACCUCGCACUGCCCUGACACACUGGGAGCCUCCUGAUCCGUGAACCCGCGCUGGCGGGAGUAGCUACUGACCGCUGGGGACCCCUGCCCAGGCUGUUCGCAUGUGGAAAGGAUUCAGGGAGCAGGCGAUGCCCAAAGCGUGGAGACCAGCACUGCUCUCUCCCCAGCGACAGGUGCACGCCCAGAUCACGGAUGUGUCGGGAACAGCUGUGCUCCUGCUGCUCAGCGUCCGUCACUCCAGGCUGGGAGCGGGUCCCCAAGCUUCCGGCUGGGCCUAUCCGUCUCCACUCUCAGUGUGGGGGUGGGGGGCGCCAACAGCACGCAUUUGCUCUCUGCACUUCUCGUCUGAUAAUGGGCAGAGGGUCCUUCUGCAGCCCCAAAACAUCCCUAGGCAGGAGCCCUGGGGCCCCAAGCAGCCAGGGAGGUGAGCACCAAGGACCUCCCAGAGAGCGUCACCUUCCGCCGAGGGAGGCCCAGCCUGGGGGUGGUGUCUGAGACUUGGAAUCAACGCUUCCGUUGGUGGCAGUAAAUCCUGUCCCUAACCCUGCAGUAUAGCUGUGCCGUGUACAGGAGGGUGCUGUCUGACGCCAGACACCUGGACUACAGAUCGCAGCCCGAUUCCUGGUCAUUGCUCCACUGAACCCCAGACCCCAGCCUCAUUCUGGGCCCUCAUCCCCUAGAUCCAGGGACCCCAGCCCCAUUUCAGCCCUUGGGCCCUUGUAGGAUGCGAGGCCCUGGGCCCCAGCCCCCAGCCCAUCCGUGGCCCAGGCACUGGGGGGCUGAGGUCCUCUGAGAAGGGACACAGGGCCUGGGGGGCUGUCUCAGCCCAUCAGCAGGAGAGGACUGACUCCAGAAAAAUCAGCGUUUGUACCCACUCAGGCUGCCAAGACCUGUGUCCGUCCUUCCAAGCUCAACCUUCAGAGUUCAUGAGGCCCCUUGCCCAGAAUGUCCACAGAGUUCAUGAGGCCCCUUGAAUGUCCACAGAGUUCAUGAGGCUCCUUGCCUGGAAUAUCCACGUUUGAAACCUCCCAACACCGAGCCCCAUUUCAAGUAUAACCAGGAGGGAAAAUGGUGCUUGAAAUAAGCAUGCCGCAAAGGAAAACCUGCUUUCUCGAAAUGGGCCCUGGCCGCCCAGGCCCUGACCUCCCCGGCCAGGAUGGAACGUUCCAGAGACCCAUUAGUGCCAAAGGCAAAUGAAAACACACCCUGUGAAAAUGUC